UAUUACACAUUUAACAUACUUGAAUCGACUUGCAAUGUUAGCUUUCGUGUUUCUAAUUUUUCUAUUGAUAUUAACUUACAUGGUCAGGUCGGUCAUCAAGCCGAAGAAAUACCCACCCGGUCCUGGAUGGUAUCCCUUUUUUGGCUGCAACGGUAUCAUAAGCAACCGGAUGAGCAAACAUGGUUCUCAAUGGAAAGUCCUCUCAGAAAUGGCAAAAGAAUACUCGACAAAAGUCCUCGGCUUGAAACUUGGUAGCGAACUGGUUGUAGUAGUGUACGGAGAGAAGAACAUAAGAGUUGUUACUACGGAGAAAGAAUUUGACGCUAGACCGGAUAGUUUCUUCUUGAGACUGAGGAAUUUUGGGAAGCGGACAGGUAUAACAUUUGUCGAUGGACCUUUAUGGCGGGAACAUAGAACUUUUACGUUGAAAAGUCUUAAGAGCAAUGGUUUCGGGAGACCACAAAUAGAAGAUGAUAAUAUUCACGAGCAACUGAAUGUUUUAUUGAACAUUUUGGAGAGAAGCCAAGGCAAUUCCAUAAGCGUCAAAACCUCUAUCGCAAUGUCCGUGUUGAACGUAUUAUGGAAAUAUGUGGCAGGUGAACACAUAGAAGAGGACAAGAUAAAGCAACUACUUCAUUCCAUUAGUUUGAGGAGCAAAGUUUUCACCAUGGCUGGCGGGUACUUGAACCAAUGGCCAUGGCUAAGGUUCAUCUUACCCAACUGGACAGGGUACUCCAUCAUCAUGAAGCUGAACACACAGAUAGCAGAUAUUAUUCAGGAUUCUAUAAUAAGACACAAGAACAAAACUGUUGCAGGAAAUGAUUUAAUUCACUCAUUUUUAGAAGAAAUGUAUGAAAAUAAACAACUAUACACAGAGGAUCAACUAACAGGCAUAUGUCUGGAUAUUAUAAUCGCGGGUUCCAAUACCAUAAACAGUGCUCUGAACUUCGCGAUCGUCAUGCUCUUACGUCAUCCGGAUGUGCAGCAGAAAGUGUAUAAGGAGAUCCAAAAUGUCUUAGGGGAUAAAUUACCCACCUGGGCUGACAGUACAAGAUUACCUUACACAUCUGCUUUCAUCAGUGAAGUGCACAGAUGUUGCACAGUUGCUCCAUUUGCUGGCGGAAGAAGAGCCUUAACCGACUACGAAUUAGAUGGCUAUGUUAUACCAAAGGGAACAACUGUGCUCGUGUCUUUGGGCGACUUGCAUAUAGACCCGGAUGUUUGGCUGCAGCCUGAUAAGUUCAUGCCAGAACGAUUUAUUGAUGAAAAUGGAAAAUUGAAGACUGUUACCAAUGUGUAUCCAUUUAGUAUGGGUCGCAGACGAUGUCUGGGCGAGUCGUUUGCAAAGUCCUUCAUAUUCAUUGUGCUUGUGGGGAUCCUUCAGAAGUACAAGAUAGUAUGCAAUGGGCCCCCACCAUCUGCGGAACCAAUGAUAGGCUUACUAGCAGAACCUAAACAUUUUACAGCCCAGUUCCUGAAGAGACUAUAAAGCAUGUAUAACAGUGGUAUACGGCUCUGGUGGCUCUGGUAAGGCUGCGUUUCCAUCAGAGAUGUUCUACGUUGCUAAGCUACCGAAGUGUGUCAAACCUACAAAUACAAUCACUUUAUUUUCACAGCUUUUAAUACAUGUGGAAAGGGGUACAAAGAAGCUAAGUUUUUUUUACUGUAAGUUUUGACAAUUACGUAAUCCCUUACAAAUGACAGAGCCACACAAACAGUAUCACAAUAGAAACUUUGUUUUCGAAUGUUUCUUGAAAACAUUUUCGUAUUGAAUUUGGAACGUUUUUGAAAACAUAUUAGUGAUUGGUUGGUCACUCAAAAUGGUUAACGCCGACUGAGAUCUUUGGCUCUGUUAUUUGUAUGGGUUAAAGUAUCAGAGAGAGCCCUUUAUUAACUUCUUUCCGUGGAUAGAUGUGUAAGUGGUGUAGCUGUGGGAAGUAUGGAGCACAGCUAUUUUUAUUUUUAUUUUUAUUUUAUUUAUUAAGGAACGCUAACAAUAUACAUAUUUAACAUUUUAUAUAUACUUACUUACAAACUAUUACAUGACCGAUAUGUAUAUCAAUAACUAGCGUCCACAACAUUUUUGUAGAGCGCCAGUAAACUUUAAUUAUUACAAAAGACUUAACAGAUAUAAUAGAUACAUACAAGUACUUAAAUAAUAGGUAUAUGAAACAUAAGCUAUUGACGCGUACUUUAGCUCGCGUCAUGCAUCUUUUGCACUGGCCUGUGGUCUUAUAAGCGGGACGUCUCUCACUCUGAUUGCCAUCUCGACCUGUCGUUUUAUUAUACCUAUGAAAUUUAAGAAGGCAUUGCAUUGCACGGCUGGCACUAACUAGUAUUUUAUAAUUAAGUAAUUAUUCAUAACCCGAUGUCCUGUGAUUGUUUCGUGUUAUCUUUUAUUUUGUAAAUGGUGUA